AACCUCACUGACUAGACACCUAUUCUCUCACUGAGGGGUUUGAACUAAUCUCAAAUGACAGAAUCAACUGAGAAGGUGAAAAACCAAACCCGCGAGCAGCAUGCACUGAUUUCACACGCGCACUGAGGUGGUGGUGCCUUCUGUUUCAAGUAUCAAGGCUUUGAGCAUCCUGUCAUAUCUUCACAUUCAAACUGAGAGUAAAGUUCAAUUUUCCAUAUGAGGCUGCCUAGCAAUUCGACAAAGUGGAAAUUAGAUCAAGCAAAGCGUGAGCCCUUCUAUGUUUUGGAGCUGCCUGCGCUGAAAUGGACUCUUCUACAGUAGUUAUUGCGUUAUUCAUAUGCUUAAAUAGGCAAUGCUUGCAAUAUAAUCUCGUGGAAAAUAAAAUGGCAUGAACAUCUGUAAGGGGUGAUCAAGAGUUUGACAACCCAAAGUUAAGGAAAUAACAUGGUGCCUGCUUUUCUCCAAGACAUCACAGCAAUAGGGACAUGGGUCUCUAUUUUUAGACACCAAUGUUCCGACCAUAAAUUAACAACUUGCUCCUAAAUGUGAUCUAAUAGUGUGCGUUGCACCUGAUCUAGAGUAGCCUACAUCGCUGGAGAACAUGGAAUGCCGUUUACCUUAUUCAUUUUCCUCAAGUAUUGCAAAGUGAUGAGAGGUUUGCCGUAUACUCUCCUAGAAAGCGACAUGGGAGACAUAUAACUUUUGCACAAUGGAAUCCAGAACACUUUUAUCUGCUAAUAGAGGUCGCUACUCCUGUGAGACUAUGUCGUUUUUUUGUCUUAUAAAUAUAAUUUCACAGCAAUUGUGUCUGUAAAUUACAAGUUGAGGAAAAGUGUGGAUAAAAAUAACUCCGACGAAAUCCUUUCAAAAAUAAUAAUUUCAUCCUAUCGAGACCAAAUCUCCUGGGCUUUUAUGGGAAUUAAACACUCCUCCCGCUGUAUGCUGCUCAGGGGGAAAAUGGCGGAGUCUGAGAGCACUGAGCAACAGCAGCAGCCACAGCCAAUCCGCAUCAUCCAAUCUCAGCGCGUGCAGCCCACCUCGCUGCCCAAGCCUGUGCCCUUCGUCCACCAUGUCCCGCGGCCGCCCCAUACUCCCCACGCUGCCCCCCUGCCUAGCUGCCCUGGCCGGGGGAAGAUGGCCAAGUUCCUCAACCCUGAGGAGAUGACCUCCAAGGACUACUACUUUGACUCCUACGCCCACUUUGGAAUCCAUGAGGAGAUGCUGAAGGACGAAGUGAGGACGCUCACCUACAGGAACUCCAUGUACCACAACAAGCACGCCUUCAAGGACAAGAUCGUCCUUGACGUCGGCAGCGGGACCGGCAUCCUGUCCAUGUUUGCAGCCAAGGCGGGAGCCAAGCACGUGUACGGGAUUGAAUGUUCCAGUAUAUCGGAAUACUCUGAGAAAAUCAUCAAGUCUAACCACCUGGACAGUGUUAUUACUAUCUUCAGGGGCAAGGUGGAGGAGGUGGAGCUGCCAGUGGAGAAGGUUGACAUCAUCAUCUCAGAGUGGAUGGGCUACUGUCUCUUCUACGAGUCCAUGCUUAAUACCGUCAUCUUUGCAAGGGACAAGUGGCUGAAACCCGGCGGUCUGAUGUUUCCCGACCGUGCUGCGCUGUAUGUGGUGGCCAUCGAGGACAGGCAGUACAAGGACUUCAAAAUCCACUGGUGGGAGAAUGUGUAUGGCUUUGACAUGACCUGCAUCCGUAACGUGGCCUUGAAGGAGCCCCUGGUGGACAUAGUGGACCCCAAACAUGUGGUCACCAACUCUUGCCUGAUCAAGGAGGUGGACAUCUACACAGUGAAGACUGAGGACUUGUCCUUCACUUCAGCCUUCUGCCUUCAGAUCCAGAGGAACGACUACAUCCACGCCCUGGUCACCUACUUCAACAUCGAGUUCACCAAGUGUCACAAGAAAACUGGCUUCUCCACCGCCCCUGAUGCUCCGUUCACACACUGGAAACAGACAGUCUUCUACCUGGAGGACUACCUGACCGUAAAGAAGGGCGAGGAGAUCAUUGGCAGUAUUAACAUGAAGCCCAACGAGAAGAACAUACGUGACUUGGACUUCACCUUUGAGCUGGAUUUCAAAGGACAGAUAUGCGAGGCAGCCAUCUCCCACGACUACAAGAUGCGCUAGCUAGGUGUCCAAUAGGGAGAAGCCGGCGCGCAAUGCCGCCUGCAGCCCUACAAAUACACAGAGGGAAAGAAGAGGCACUCCUCUCGACAACAGACAAUAAUGAGGAUGGGAUGGAGGGAGGAGAGGGAGUGCAUUGGAGGGAUCAGAGAGGGUGGGAUGGAGGGAGGAGAG